UAUAUAUUAUAUCACCACGUAUGGAACCAUAUAAACUUACCUGCUUUAUAUAUUAUUUUUUGUACUAUCCCAUUAUCCCACUAUUUGAAUUAAAUUUCGUCUCCUUCGAAUAUAUCUCCUGUUAUCCCUUCAAUCCUCUGAUAUUUCCUGAUUACGUUCAAAUCUAUUGCUAUCCUGUAAUACGCCAUCCCUAAAUCCUAUACCUUGAUAUUUCAGCUGUUAAAUCUACUUUGAUCCAUGUCUACUUUUUUAAGAGAGGGAAAAAGGAGAAGAAAAAAAUGUGUAAUUCUUUUGAGAGAGGGGAAUUAUUCGAGGGAGGGGAAUUAUUGUUUCAACCUUUCUCUGGCAGGGGGAAUUAAUCGAGACGGGGAAUUAUUCGAGGGAGGGGAAUUAAUUGAGAAAAUACGGUAGUGGGAUUUAGGGAAUCAAAAAAGGAUAAUAAAAUAUUUUCGACCUCUUAUAGACUGUUUUUAAUUUGCUAUCUAUACUUUUUAAAGGGAGCAGGCCAACUUACUGCAAGCCCAACUUACCGCAGAGCUAUAACUUUGU